AUGCCUGUAUCAGAUAACCAAGCUUUUUCCGUCACCCCUGCCAUGGAGAAGAAGAUUGACGAGCAAGAGGUCAACGCUAUGAUGGGAUUCAAUCGCGUCGAUCUCGGAAAGGACGGUCUUGCCAGAUCCAUUUAUGCCACCCCUGGUAUGAUUGUCGGAACCAAGCGAGAGAUUCUUGAAGAACAAGAGAAAAAGAAGCGACAGGAUGCAGUUAUGAAGCGAGAAGAUACUUUCAAGAAGGCGAAGGAGGCAAAGGAGGAUGGCGCAAAGGCAGGUGACGGCAUGGAGGUUGAUUCAGCUGUGCCGAAUUGGACCUCUUAG